AUGAGCCAAGAUAAAGUUGGAGAUCUUGAUGAGAUGGAUCAGAUGAUGAAUAGUCACGAUAAAGAGAUGGAAUUCUUUGCAGAAAGUUCCGAAAUCGAUGAAGAAGGUGAGAUAUCAUAUAUAGCAAAUAGAAACAACACGUUUGAUCAUCCAAGAGUCUACAGACAGGUCAUAAUCAUUGAAAGAUCGCAGCCUGUUGAAGAGAUAAUGCUCCGAUGGCUCAUCUCAGUAGCUGUGUAUGCAUUUAUAAUACAGACGAUAUUUGCUAUGUGGAAGAGGCUGAAUAGAAAGACGCAUGAUAUUUGUGUAUUUCUGAUUCUUCUGUUGUUUCCGCCUGGAUUUCUUGUUUAUGCAGGAUCGUAUUUUCUUCCUGGUAUUUGGGCAGGAUUUGUAGGGUUUAUUCUGAUUAGCUGCUUCAAGAUGCUGAAGUCGCAGCAUGAUAAGGAUGCGAUGAGGCGUAUAUAUGCAAUAUUCAAAAAGCUGUUUAUUAUUUCUAAUUCUGGGAUUUUUGUUGGACAGGCACUUACGUUUAUUACCUUUUAUGUGAGUAUCAGGUACUUGAUGCAUUCUCUGUCUGUUCUGUUGUUUUUUGUGUAUUUUGGGCUGUUAAGCAGAGAAACGAUAUUUUUCUUGAGUGAGACGAUGGCGGUGUCUACUGGCUUCUACAGCAAAGAGGGAGUUCCUGGAAAGGGCAACAACAACUCGUUAUGCAUGAUAUGCACCAAGAGAUUUGACGGAGUUGAGAAGAUACAUACGCUAGGGUGUGGGCAUUCGUUCCAUGAGGACUGCAUCAAGGGAUGGUGCCUUCUAGGAAAGAAACUGUUCUGCCCAUAUUGUAAGAGCAAAGUGGUGAGUUCGACAUUACCGCCAGAGCUUUGGCACAAGGCUGAGGUGUGGUUUUAUCCACUGAUCAACACGAUGAGGAGCUUUAUUAUCAUAACGCUUAUGCUGACAGGGAUAGUUUUGUACAAGAUUAGGUACCAAAAUGGCCAAUGA